CACUACUGUGAAUAUCUGUACGCUCAGUACCAAGACCGUGGAGUGUGCAAAGGAGAGAGAGGGAGAGCGGUGGGGUGGGGGGGAUACAGUUGAAUUCGGAUACAACUGGAAAACUACCAAGCGCGCACAGCACGCACCGAGCGGACGGCACAUCGACGGUGCGUAGCCAGCAGUACAUCUACUCCCCGUCCGCUUUCGAUCAGAUUGAGCCGAGAAUGGAGCUCCCUGCCGCUGGAGAGCACGUCUUUGCGGUGGAGGGCAUCGAAAAGAAGCGCAUACGAAAGGGCAAGAUAGAGUACCUGGUCAAGUGGCGAGGCUGGUCUCCCAAAUACAACACAUGGGAGCCAGAGGAAAACAUCCUUGACCCGCGCCUCCUCGUCGCAUUUCAACACAGAGAGAGGCAAGAGCAGUUGAUGGGAUAUCGAAAACGUGGGCCGAAACCAAAACAUCUUUUGCUCCAGGUGCCCUCGUUUGCCCGAAGAUCAAGCAUUCCUGCUGGUUUUGAAGAAACAUCUCAGGAUGCAGAAGGCAACUUGAAGUCUGAUCCCAUUCAGGCACAGCAGCGCUCCCAGCCUCAGCAAUACCAGCUGAACAGCAAGAAGCACCAUCAGUACCAGCCCAGCAGCCAGGAGGUCCCCGGUGACCAGCUGGCCAGCAACAAGAAGAAAUUCAUCUAUCAGCUAAACAGCAAGAAGCACCACCACUAUGAGCCUGACCCAAAUAUGUACGACACGCAGGCCUCUAGGCUCAAAGAGGUGGUUAAAGUUCAGGAGGCAGCGAGUAAACCUGCAAAUCCAGGCUGGAACUUACCUCUGGCCCUGCAGCAGAAGUGGAUCCGUGACAAAGACACAGGCUGCCUGAACAAAGUCAAGGAGCUGGCCGUGGAAGUGAGGAAACCGGCUGUUAAAGAGGCGGAGAGCGAGCACGCCCUUAAGCCCAAUCCCAAGGAUGCAACCCUGCCGAGUGCUAUUAGCAGCAAAAUGAAGAUAAUCAAGAAUAAAAACAAGAAUGGACGUAUUGUUAUUGUCAUGAGCAAAUAUAUGGACAGUAACAAGGUUCAUGGUGCAAAGGGUAAACACGGGGAAUCAUCGAGGGAAGACAAACCCCAAAACAUGAAGACGUCGGAAAACAACCCAGCACAUGCAACCAAAUUGGAGGAGCACCUGGAGAACGGUAUCCCCAAAGAGAUUUGUAAUGGAAGUUCCCUUUCUGUAGCAGAGCAUCCUAUAAAGUGUUCCCCAAAGGACAGGCAUUUCUCCAAACCUUCACCAAGCACAGCAGAGGAAUACAACACCGAAGUGGCUCGUGGUCAAGCUGAUUUACCGGACGAUUUACCCUUACAGCUGACCGCUAGCUCUCCUCUGACUUCUUGGGCUGUUGACACCAACAUUCCAACUCCAACAGCUGUCGACCAGAUCCGGAUUCCUUCUUUUCCCGCUGACCGCAAGAGAAAGCUCUCCGAUCCCAUGGAGGAUAGGAGCGUAUCCAAAAUCUACCUGAGUUCGAGGAGCUUCAGCGUGCCCAGCACUGUGGUCACGCCACCUCAGGAUAAACCUAUGGACCUCCACUGCAACGGCCCACGCCAGAGCAGUGUAUGUACGUACGAGGAUUUGGGUAGCCAAGAGGAGCCGAUGGACCUCAGCUGCCCAAAGACUAACAAGCAAGCUCAAGCAGAAACGCCGCCGGAGCCAGAGCCUGCUGUCAAAGAUGCACCUCCUGUGACAGAGGACACGCAGAUAUCCACGGAGGCAUCUAAAGAAGCGCCUGUUAAAAAAAUCUCCCCUUUUAUGGGAAAUAUCAUCAUCACUGACAUCACAACAAACAGUCUCACUGUAACCUUCAAGGAAUACGUUACCAUGGAGCUCUCGGCUGUCGGUGAGAGCGUCUUCGCAGCCGAGUCCAUCAUUAAACGGCGAAUCAGACGGGGUCGUUGGGAAUAUCUCGUAAAAUGGAAGGGCUGGUCUCAGAAGUACAGCACUUGGGAGCCGGAGGAAAACAUUCUGGAUGCACGUCUCUUCUCUGCCUUCGAAGAGAGGGAGCGAGAAAGGGAGAUGUUCGGGCCGAAAAAGAGGGGACCCAAGCCUGAGACAUUUCUUUUAAAGGCCAAAGCCAAAGCCAAAGAAAAGACGUAUGAAUUUAGAAGAGAGGCUCCCAGAGGGAUCCAGGUUUCGUAUCCCAUCCCCGAGCCUAUCAUAACACCGAGGGCCAGGGAGGGUUUGCGCACCGUGGUUCCCACAAUCUUCCCGCCCAGCGCGGUCAACAGAGGGGAAAGUGUCCACAUUCGCCCACCAGAGCCGGAGAGAAGGCCCAGAACAACUCCAGCAGCUGCUCUGACGGUCCAAGAGUCCCAGCAGUUCCCCAAAAAGAGAGGACGCAAACCCAAAAUGCACAUGCAUUAUGAUAAAGACGACGGCAGCAGCUCGGCAGAGCCGGACGCCAAACGUAGCAAGUUCAUAAAGGAGCCCACGUCUCACCACAGCCGACGCCCGCAUCAUCACGGGGAGACGUCAGAUCACUGCCUCAUGCAGCUGACCAAGAGGUUUCAGGAGGAAACCACCAUAACACCCAAAUCCCACAGCGAGCAGAGACAUUUGGGGGGCGCGGGCUUCUCUUACCCGUGCGCAUUAGCUUCGGAUUUGCGCAAAAGCGAGCAGGGGAGGCACAGGACUCACUGUUUGAGCAUGAAGCGGCCUGCAGCUAACGAGUACUCUCUGCCACGGGAACAAGCUGCUGUCACUCCUUCACACACCGAUUCCAUCCACGAUUCAUCCGAGCACCCAGCCUCAUCCUGGACCCCCUGUUUCGCUCACCUGGACACUGUGACCGUAACCGAUGUCACCUUGAACUUCCUGACAGUCACCGUCAGAGAGAGCAGCACGGACAAAGGCUUCUUCAAAGAUAAAAGAUGAGUAUUUCAUGUAGUUCAGAGGAGGAUAAUAUCUGCCAAGGAGGUAAUUGUGUAACAAGCUACUAACAAACAGGCCUACUGUAAUACUAUAUUUUUUCUAUGUAACUUUCAAACGUGUACAUACCGAUAUUUAAUACGCUGCUGAUGAAAUUAAAAUCAAACUGAGGUUUAAGGA